UUUUCUGCAAGAGAAACAUAAACGUCUCCUCAUUUCUCCUCCCAGUCUGCGGCCUCAUCACUCUCCUUCUCACUUCUUUCUCGCAGCCCACUUUCUCUCUCACAUAGAACACACACUGACACAGUGGUUUAUCCCUGAGCCAAAAACCCGGUAAUUGUUUGCAUAGUAGCGUUUAACCUUCUCGGGUAUCAUCAGUUGUGUCUUAUAUACAGCUAGCGGCCUCUCUUGCUUUCUUUUGUCCACACGCACAAGAAUAUAUAUAUCUACGUGUAGAGUUUAGAGAUAUGUUGGAGAAAAUGGGAGACAAGCUUGAUGCUGAGGCAAUCAUCCAAGAAUUCGAGUCAUUGUCGAUGGAUGCAGGGAGAGUUCAGAGGGAGACUCUGAAGAAGAUCUUGGAAGACAAUGGUGAAACAGAGUAUUUGCUGAAAUGGGGUCUCAAUGGAAGAACUGAUCCUGAUAGUUUCAGCGAUUGUGUUCCCAUUGUCACUCACAUGGACCUGGAACCUUACAUUCAGCGAAUUGCUGACGGUGAAAAAUCAUCCAUUCUCACUGGAAAACCGAUAUCUACUAUUUCAUUGAGUUCUGGUACCACUCAAGGAAAGCCAAAAUAUGUACCGUUCAACGACGAAUUGAUUGGAUGCACCAUGAAAAUGUACAAAACUUCCUUUUCCUUCAGAAACAGAGAAUAUCCAAUUGGGAAUGGCAAGGCAUUGCAAUUCAUUUAUGCUAGCAAGCAAUUCAUAACAAAAGGGGGUCUAAAUGCUGCCACUGCGACUACUAACGUGUACCGGAACGAAGAGUUCAAGAAAACGAUGACGGCAAUCCAAAUGCCAUGUUGCAGCCCCGACGAAGUGAUUUUUGGUGAUAAUUUUCACCACUCAUUAUAUUGUCAUCUCUUGUGUGGCCUGAUUUUCCGGGACGAAGUGGAAGUCGUGUCGUCCACAUUCGCGCACAGCAUUGUGCUUGCUUUCCAAACUUUUGAACAGGUUUGGAAAGAACUUGUUGCUGAUAUCCGAGAUGGGUCUCUAAGCAGCCGAAUCACAUCGAAAUCUAUUCAAUCAGCUAUGGCGAAGCUGCUCAAGCCAGACCCUGAAUUGGCCGACACAAUUUACAACAAGUGCUUGGGACUGAGCAACUGGUAUGGAUUGAUCCCAGAGCUUUUCCCAAAUGCCAAGUACGUGCACGGGAUUAUGACAGGGUCGAUGGAACCUUACCUUAAGAAACUGAGACACUAUGCUGGGGAGCUACCUUUGCUUAGUGCAGAUUAUGGAGCUUCUGAAGGAUGGAUUGGAGUAAAUAUCAACCCAAAACUACCACCAGAGUUGGCCUCAUUUGCUGUGCGUCCUGAUAAUGCUUAUUUCGAAUUUAUCCCUUUGGAAAAUAAUCUAAAUUCGCUAGAAGUGACGGUAGAGCCCCGGCCUGUUGGGCUAACUGAAGUCCAGGUGGGCAAAGAAUAUGAGGUCAUUAUCACCAACUUUGCAGGUUUGUACCGUUAUAGGUUGGGAGACGUAGUUAAGGUCCGAGGCUUCCACAAAUCCACUCCGGAGCUCCAAUUCAUUUGCAGGAAAAAUCUUCUUCUCAACAUAAACAUCGACAAGAACACUGAGAAGGAUUUACAAUUAGCUGUAGCAACAGCGGCCAAUCUGCUAGCUGAGGAAAAGCUGGAAAUUGUCGACUUCACAAGCUUAGCGGAUUUAUCAACAGAACCAGGCCACUAUGUCAUCUUCUGGGAGAUAAGUGGAAAUGCAGAUGAUGAGCUUCUGCAGAAAUGCUGCAACUGUUUGGACGGUGCAUUCCUGGAUGCAGGAUACGUGAGCUCCCGAAAGGUCAACGCCAUCGGGGCCCUGGAACUCCGAAUCUUGAUGAGGGGAACAUUCCACAAGAUCAUGGAAAACUUUGUACAAUUAGGAGCUGCUGCUAACCAGUUCAAAACUCCACGGUGCGUGGGGCCAACGAACAAUAAAGUGCUCGAAAUACUGUCCGAUAAUGUUGUCAAGAGCUACUUUAGCACCGCAUUUGGUUGAGUGUGCUGGUUUAUUAGUGCAAUAUGGUUUGUUGUCUUAGGCUUGAGAAAAAUCAUAUACUACAAAUAAAAACCUUCAUUUGUUUAA